CUUUAUCUGUGUUUCAAACUUUGUGGCACUGCAGUGUGACACUGUCCAUCAGCUCUUAGUCCACCACUGGGUCUGGCUAGUGUUAGCUCUUCAGUGAGGUCGCUGGUUCAAUUGAAAGCAAUAAGAUAAAAGUAGUUAGUGGUACCAAGAGAGAGGAAGAAACUGAGAUAAACAGACAUUACCCUGCCAUUUCUAGUGGAAGGUGGUCGUCCAAAGAGAAAAUCUUAUUACAUAUCACUUGUAGAAGAUGAAGCAAAAAGAAACUUCAGCCUAAACUGUAGCCCUAUGACGUCCAAGUCGCCCAGCAGCUUAGAAGGUUCUGAUUUAUCUUCCAUCCACACCAUGAUGUCAGCAGUGAUGAGUGUAGGGAAGAUUGCAGAAAAUGGUGGCAACUCACAAGCCAUCAAAUCCCCAACGAAGUCAUCGGGACCCAAUCGGAUUGGCAGGAGAAACCAGGAAACUAAAGAGGAAAAGUCUUCCUAUACUUGUCCCCUGUGUGAAAAGAUUUGCACUACUCAACAUCAGCUAACUAUGCACAUUCGUCAGCAUAACACAGACACUGGAGGGACAGACCAUUCCUGCAGCAUCUGUGGAAAGUCUCUGAGCUCAGCAAGCUCCUUGGAUCGCCACAUGCUGGUGCAUUCUGGUGAAAGGCCUUAUAAAUGUUCAGUUUGUGGACAGUCUUUUACAACCAAUGGAAAUAUGCACAGACAUAUGAAGAUUCAUGAGAAGGAUCCCAACAGUACCACAACCACAACACCCCCCUCUCCACAGAAACGCAGGCGGAUGACCUCCAAAAGGAAACUAAGUCAGGAGGCUGACUCAGAGAAAGAAGAGCUGACACCUGCUAAAAAGGUGGUAGAGGGUUCUCAAUCAGGUGAUGGAGACAAGAAAACAGAUGAAGUUUUUCACUGCCCAGUGUGUUUCAAGGAAUUUGUUUGCAAGUAUGGUUUGGAGACUCACAUGGAGACCCAUCCAGAUAACUCCCUGAGGUGUGACAUUUGUUGUAUUGACUUCCGCACACUUCGGGGAUUGCUGCGUCAUAAUGCAGUUAUCCACAAGCAGUUUCCAAGAGACCCAACAGGAAAGCCUUUUAUUCAGAACAAUCCUUCAAUUCCUGUUGGCUUCCAUGAUUUAGGAUUCACUGACUUCUCUUGUAGGAAAUUUCCUCGCAUUUCUCAGGUCUGGUGUGAAACAAAUUUGCGAAGAUGCAUCAGUGAAUUUCAUCGUUUUAUUUGUGAGACCUGCAAUAAGGCCUUCCCCAUGCUUUCUGCACUCAAACUACACACGCAAACCCAUACAGUAGGGGAUCAGGGGAGCGAAAAGCACAGAUUGCAGUCUAAGUCCUUGACUGAUGGGAGCCCCGACCAGAAAGCCUUCAUGGCAGCCCUGGGCCUCCAGUCCACCAAAGACGUUCAGCCCGCCCCCCAGGAGGAGCCCGUGCUGGACGACAACCAAGCGAUACAGCUCGAAACCCUGAAGAGCGGCCUACCUCAGGAGCCCGGGAGCACCGGCUUGCUCACUUUGUCCCCUCUUAGUGCAGCUUCCCUGGGGGGUUCUCUCACAGUCCUCCCUCCUACCAAGGAAAACAUGAAGCACCUGUCCCUGCAGCCCUUUCAGAAGGGCUUCAUCAUCCAGCCCGACAGCAGUAUCGUCGUCAAACCCAUCUCCAGCGAGUCUGCCAUCGAGUUGGCGGACAUCCAGCAGAUCCUGAAGAUGGCGUCUUCGGUCCCUCCCCAGAUCAGUCUUCCACCACUCUCCAAGGCCCCUGCCGCUCCCAUGCAGUCCAUUUUCAAGCACAUGCCCCCGCUGAAGCCAAAGCCCCUGGUCACCCCUCGCACGGUGGUGGCCACCUCCACCCCCCCGCCCCUGAUCAGCGCCCAGCAGGCCUCCCCGGGCUGCAUCAGCCCCAGCCUUCCUCCUCCGCCACUGAGGCUGAUCAAGAACUCGGUGGAAGCAGCCUCUAACUCGCACCUGCUGCAGUCUAAGUCGGGGGCCAAGCUGAGCCCGUCCUCGCAGCGCUUCCUGCAGCCCCGUGGGGAGGCCUCGGCUCAGCCGGAGAUGAAGACUCAGCUAGAGCAGGACAGCAUCAUCGAGGCCCUGCUGCCCUUGAACAUGGAAGCCAAGAUCAAGCAAGAGGUGACUGAGGGUGAGCUCAAGGCCAUCAUCGCUGGAGCGGCCGGCAAGAAGACCCAGGCCAUGCGUAAGGUCCUCUACCCCUGCCGCUUCUGCGACCAGGUGUUCGCCUUCUCGGGCGUCUUGCGCGCUCACGUCCGCUCUCACCUGGGCAUCUCUCCCUAUCAGUGUAACAUCUGCGACUACAUUGCCGCGGACAAAGCAGCCCUCAUUCGGCAUCUGCGCACGCACAGUGGCGAGCGGCCCUACAUCUGCAAGAUCUGUCACUACCCCUUCACUGUGAAGGCCAAUUGUGAACGGCACCUGAGGAAAAAGCACCUCAAAGCCACGCGCAAGGACAUCGAGAAGAACAUCGAGUAUGUGUCCAGCAGCGCCGCUGAGAUGGUCGAUGCCUUCUGCUCCCCGGAGACAGUGUGCCGCCUCUGCGGCGAGGACCUGAAGCACUACCGGGCCCUGCGCAUCCACAUGCGAACGCACGGCGGGGGGGCCGCCGGCUGCCCGAAGGGCCGAAAGCCCUUUGAGUGCAAGGAGUGCGGCACCGCCUUCUCCACCAAGCGGAAUUGUGUUCACCACAUCCUCAAGCAGCACCACCACGUGCAGGAGCGUGAGAUCGAGAACUAUGUCCUUGCGGUGGACUGUGGUGGGGGUCCUCGGGAAGCCCAGGCCCCAGAUGCCUCAGUGCUGCUUGAGGAGACUGGCUGUGGGCCCUAUGGGGAUCGAAAGCCCCUCACUGCCUUCCUGGAACCCCAGAAUGGAUUCCUUCGAGGGCCCACUCAGCAGUCCCUGCCUCCUCACAUCUCCAUCAAGCUGGAACCUCCAAGCAGCUUCUCAAUGGAUUUCAAUGAGCCCCUUGACUUUUCACAGAAAGGAAAAGGCCUGGCCUUGGUCCAGGUGAAGCAAGAGAACUCUUUGCUUGGUUCCUCUCCUUAUGACUGUUCCAUGGAACCCAUUGACCUCUCCAUUCCCAAGAGCCUUCGGCGGGAUAAGGAUACCACGGGGCCAGGCGAAGCCAAAAAGCAGGAGCCGGGACCCAGCUGUAGCGACCAGCUCUAUGCCUGCCCCCCGCCUUGCCCCACCCUGCCCGUGACUUUUGGAGCCAACGGGAGUUUGGAGAAGCCGGCCGUGACCACAACAGCCGCCGUCACUGCCGCCACCAAUCUUCCGCAUCCUGCCCAGCCCCUUCAGGCCCCCCUCCACCUCGCCGUCCCUAUCAUCUCCCCCGCCCUUCUGAGCAACUCGGCUCUGCUGCGCCCUCUGCGGCCCAAGCCACCCCCACUUUUGCCAAAGCCCCCUGUGACAAAAGAGCUGCCCCCUCUGGCUUCCAUUGCCCAGAUAAUCUCAUCCGUGUCCUCAGCCCCCGCCUUAUUGAAAACGGAGGUGUCAGAUCCCCCACUGAAGACUGCCAACAAUCCUAUGGUCCCCGAGAAGCUGGGAGGUGCGAAGCAGAAGGCCACAGCCCUCGGCAGCACAGCCAGCCCCAGAGAGCCCGGGGACCUGGUGCUGCAGGCUGGCAGCCCUGGCGCUGCCCCUUCCAUGGAGCACGGAUCUACCGGUUUGUCGAAGAAGAGGGGUCGAAAGAAAGGGGCCAAGAACCGACCCAAGACCAACAGUGGCAGCGUGGACCUGGAGUCCAGCGGAGAGUUUGCCAGCAUUGAGAAGAUGCUGGCUACCACGGACGCCAACAAGUUUAGUCCGUUCCUGCAGUCGGCCGAAGGUGAUGUCCAAGAGGAAGCCCUGCCUGCUGACCAGAACGGGCCUAGUGACGACGAGCUGGACGGUCCGGACGAAAAGCUACUGAGGGCAAAGCGGAAUUCAUACUCUACCUGCCUGCAAAAGAUCAGCUGUCCUUACUGUCCCCGAGUGUUUCCAUGGGCCAGUUCCCUCCAACGACACAUGCUUACACACACCGGUCAGAAGCCCUACCCUUGUCAAAAAUGCGACGCCUUCUUUUCUACCAAAUCUAACUGUGAACGGCACCAAUUGCGCAAGCACGGAGUUGCCAACUGCUCCCUGAGAAGAAACGGGCUUAUCCCCCAGUCAAAAGAAAGUGAUGUUGGAUCCCAUGAUAGCACAGAUAGCCAGUCGGACCCCGAGAUCCCGCUGGUGGGCAACGAAGUGCUCGACCUCACCUCAAGGGAAAAAGAGCAGCAGCAGCAGGCGUCCGAGGGCACCCCUGAGCCCGGCCAGGACACCCAAGAGCGUCCCGCCGAAGAGGUGAAGGAGAAAAUGCCCUCACCCACGGGGAAGGAAGAGGGGGGAGGAGAGGAUCCGCAGGAGGAAGAGGAGGAGGAGGAGGAGGGCACCGAAGAAAUGCAGGAGGAUGCAGAAGGCCUGGAGGAAGACUCGGUCAGCAACAAAAGUCUGGACCUCAACCUGGCCAGCAAGCUGAUGGACUUCAAGCUGGCCGAGAGCGGCCCCGUGCCGCCCGGGCCCGCGAGCUGCUCGGAGCCGGAGAGGAAGCACACCUGCCACGUCUGUGGGAAGAGCUUCAAGUUUGCCGGAACGCUGACGCGCCACAAGAAAGCCCACACGCACGAGGAGCCGAGGGACGAAAAGCCCGGCGAGGAGGAGGGCAAGAGCGGGGAGGCCGAGGAGCACGCCUGCGCUGCGGAGCCGGCCCCGGGCCAGGAGGAGAGCCCCGGGGACCCGAAGGCCGCAGACUCCCCGGCGGGGGGCCGGGAGAACGAAGAGAGCGAGAGCGUCUCCGAGGGAGAGGGGGCAUCGUCGGAGAGAAAGUCCGAGAAGAGCGACGACGACAAGAAGCCAAAGACCAACGGGACGAAGGGCGUCCUCCCCAAGGCUGACAAGAGGAAGAAGGUCUGCACGGUGUGUAAUAAGAGGUUCUGGUCCCUGCAGGACCUGACGAGACACAUGCGGUCCCAUACAGGGGAAAGACCAUAUAAAUGUCAGACCUGUGAGCGGACCUUCACCUUAAAGCACAGCCUGGUUCGUCAUCAGCGUAUCCAUCAGAAAGUAAAAAACACAAGGCACCACGGGAAGGAAAGUGACAAGGAAGAUCGAGGGGAGGAGGACAGUGAAAAUGAGUCCAUCCACAGUGGCAACAAUCCACUCUCGGAAAAUGAGGGAGACUCCACUCCAAAUCUCAACAGUCAUUCAGCUAUUACUCGAAGCCGGAGAGAGAGCCUGGCCAGUGCAGCCAAGGAUUCGGGGCGGCAGGAGGAGAAAGGUGCCCCAAAGCCCGCCACGGGGGCCGGCCCGAAGGAGCCCGAGUCUCAGGGUAGCGCAGAUCCCGAGGGCCCGGAGGGCUUCAUUCAGGAUCUGUUGGACAUUCACAGCAAGAGGCCUCCUGCAAACCACCUCCUUGCCUCUUCAGAUAGCGCGCCCCAGCUGGUGGGAAUGGAAUGACUUGGGGCACGGGACCCUGUCACCCAUCUGUCCCCAGCACACUGACUAAAGCCAGCAGAGCAAAAGUACCCCAGAUCUGUAGCACACUGGAUUUCCUCAGUGACUCCAGUUGUCGGGGAGUGAGAGAGAAAAAGGGAGAGAGGAAAAGGAAGAAAAGAAGUAUGGCCGCCUGACUCCAGUGCCAUAACCCUUUCAGUAUAAUGAUGCAAGAGACUACAGGAUAUACUGAUUCCGAGUGCCUUACUACUUUAUUAAAUCUUUUGGUGUCAUUGACCUUUUUUUUUCCCCAAAAAAUGAUUUUUUUAAAAAAAAUAUUUUAAUGAAUUAUUUGGAGAGGACCUUUUUCAUUUAAGCAUUAAUGUUACCUUUUUGUAUUGGUGUGCGUGAGCCUGUUCGAGUGGAACUUUGGUAGUUGCCGUGUUUUGUUUUGUGAGCCGGAAAUGGGGGAAAAGGAACCAAUGCCCUUGGAUACCACAGCUAAUAACUGGAAGAAAAUGAUGUGAAUUUCAUGUACCAGAGGAAAAUUUGGAUGGGAAUAGUAAUUUCUCAGAGACAUUUUUGUACUUACUACAUGAUGGAGCUCUAAUCUGGUUCCAGGUAUUAAGACAAGUGGUUGAUGAAGGUAUUCAAAAUUGGUUCAAGCCAAAACCAGGAAAGACGCUAGCUUCAACCUCAUACUUGUUUUCCACUCUUUUCGGCAUUAGAAAUGGUGUUAUUGUUCAAUGUUUUAAGACAUUUUUUUCUGGACUGAGCAUACAGAGAAAGAGUUACCUUAGCAACUUAACCUAUGGAAAUUAUGCACAGCUGUCAUAUGUUUGAUUUUUUUUUUGCUUCAAUAUAUGUAUUAUUAUUAUUAUUGUUAUUAUUAUUAUUAUUAUUAUUUUAAAAUUCAUCAGUUGCUAGUCUCUGCAGUCAGCAGAAACCAAUGGGCAAUAUUUGUCCGCGGAGAUCUAUGAUGCAGCUUUGGAUCCCUGUGUAAAUGUUUGAUUACAGCUUUCACUAGUUCACUAGCCCUCACGUUGCAGUUCUUCUACUGAACCUAAAUGAAUCCUUCCUUCCUUAGUGACUGGAGAAAUAAAGUGGAGGCCAACCAGUAAUGUACAGAGGAACAUCUCAGCAGUGAAUGAGAGUGAGAGAGAGAGAGAGAGAGAGCGAGAGCGCAUGCUCUUUGGAAUAUGUGCAUGUGUGUGAAUAAAUGCACUCCUCUGGGGAGGUGGUAGAGCUAAGGGGAUAAGAGGGACCUCCACGUGCAUCAGGAAAGCACUGCAAAGAUUUUUUUUUUUUUUUAUGGAAAGAAAGGCAGUAAUGAAAUCUGUUACUCACAAGUAAGGUAUUCAGUCUUCCAGCUCAAUGAAAUGCAAGCCUUAACCCACUUUUGCUACUGUCGUGUUUGCAAAGCAAGGAAAUACUACUACUGGUAAUAAAAUUCCAAGUGCAGUUUGGGCUGGUGCUUGAAGAUGAACAUGUCAUUUCUGAUUCCCUCUCAAGAAUCUGAACCCCUAGAUGCAGAGAGGAAAAAUUUUCUUUAAGAGGCAUCCCAUGUAGGCAGUGGAAUUCACUGCAAGCCACCAACAGUGAGGGGUAGAAAAAAAAAUGUAUCCUACUGUAGCUGAGCUCGUGCUCGGCAUCCUUUUUUGUCCUUCAGCCAUGACCUCUAGGACAUAGAGCCAAUAGUAUUGCCAGGGAUGCCCUGUGCCGUUCCUCCACUUGAACCCCCCCUCUUCCUUCUCUCCUACUGCAACUACAGCUGCAGCUCCUUCCCACCUCUUCUUCAUUUCCUUUCUAAGAUUUCUUCCUCUUUUUGGCCUUAAACCACCUUCUCUCUUUCUCUAUGUUUGUAUAUAUAAAGACAUAUGUAUGCAUCUUUUUUUUUUUUUUUAAUUUUAAUUUUUAAAUUUUUCUCCUUUUAAUUCUUCACCAAUUCCUGGAGGUAGAAAUUCAACUGCCUAGAUUUCAAAAAGGAAAACAAAUGUUUUUGACAUAAUGAAAAGUGAUAUGAAAAGAAAAAAGAUUGAUGUGAUUUUUAAAAAAUGUAUUUGGAAUGUCUGAAACAAGUUUAAAAACAAGGUUUUUACUCCAGAGAAAAAUCAGAACCAGUGAUUCCCUUUCUGACUUAAAUAGGCUGUGACCUACAGAAUGCAAACCCAAUUCACACAUGCUCCCUUCAUUUUACUUUAAUUGUUGUUGAUGUUACUGUUUGAGGUUUCUUGUGGGCCUUUUUUUUUUUUUUUGUCAGCUUGUUUCUUUUGCGACUCUCCACACUAAACUGCGCAAUAUUGUGGGGGGAAAGCCAUCACUAAUCUCUGAGCUGCAGUGAGAUGUAGCAGAUAUCAGCUCCCAGCAGUGCCGCCGGGACGACAGCUAGCAAUAAUCACUAUUGAGCUAAAGCUUUACUUAGUCUUUAUAUCCGAAUAGAUAACAAAGUCUUGCCACAUUUUUUUUUUUUUUUUGGAUAUUUUUAUUAGUUGAAUUUGAAGAUUUGUUGCUGUUUGUUGGUCUCCCUCCCUUUCCCCCUUCCAACCCCCAAUAUUAAACUGUGAAGUUUAUAAUGUGUUUAAACUAUGGGUGAAUCUUAGACUUAGUUUGCAUGUUCAGCUAAUUUGUCUCUAUACAUAUUUUGUUUGAUUCUUUUUUUUUUUUCCUCUCAGGGCUUUUACAAAAAAAAAAAUGGAUCUUCUGAAAUUUUUUUGUGUCUGAGGUGCAAGUUUUUUUUUUGUUUUGUUUUGUUUUUUGAUUAAUGGACUUAAUGCUGAGAUAAUUCAAUCACUACAUUAAACACUUGACUGUGAAGCAAAGCAAAGAAAAUUCUGUGGGGCUAUUUUUUUUAAUAGCUUUGGGGAGCUACAUGACAGUCGAAUGCCAGUUUCAGAAAGAUUCAUCAUAUUCUUUGACCCUUGUUUGUAUCUCUUUCCCUCCCUUUCUUCAAGAAAGAAGUUAAUCUUAGUGACUUCAGCCCAUGCAUUAAACAGGAAACAAUAAUAAAUGUGUAGAUUCAUAUUUUUCUAAAGGGAACUUAAAACUGCUGCUACAAGUUGUGUACAAAACUGGUCUAUGCCACAUGAACAGAGAAUCACAAGUUUUGUUUUGGUACUUUUUAUUCCUCUUUCUACUUAGUUGUACAGUACUUCCAAAUUCAGAAUGAAAGUAAAGCUGUUCUGUAUUGAACCAUCUAAGCAAUAAAAUGUUAUAUUUAAAAAUCACAGGUUACCAGAUUCAUGAGACUCUUCUUGAAAGUUUGCCAUAAUUAGGCCAUCUGCUCUUUUAUUAAAAGUUCUAAGCCUUAAUCUUCAGCAGAGAACUGAAAAUGGGCACUGUGGAGAGACUGACACGUCCAUUACCCAUGGUUUCUCACCUGUAAGGUCUUGUUCUUAACUUGGAACGCAGAAGUUGCUCCAUCCAAGUUAGUCGUGUCUUAAGAAUGUUUGGCUUUUGCACAAAUAGUUUUCAUUGGAGAUGAACUAGAAGAGGAUUGAGCCCUUAAAACUUUGUUGUUGUAAUAGUUGGAACAGGGAAAUGAAACCCUUAGCCCCAGGGACACAGGGAAUGAAAUUGGCCACAAUCUUAGAGGUAUCAAGAAAAUAACGUCCCAGAAUGGAAGCUCUGGGAUUACAGUGACCAGUUCAAUAUUAGAAGCUUUUUAUGUAAUCACACAGGUCCCCUUAUUCAUACCCAUCCAUUGUUUGUCCUGAGAACAUCAAAGUUUGGUUGUUUAUCUUUUCAGAAAGGUCAAAGUUUCCCAGCUGAACUAAACUAUUAAAGUUUUAUCUUACUCAACAGAAAAUAAAAAUCCUUAAACCUAAAUCCAUAGACUUAAUUCAAUGGUGAUGACUUCUCCUCUCCCUUCUUACAGACACAGCCUGUAUCAAUUCAGAUUCUAAUAGUACUCUCAGAAUGAGAUGCUACCAUCUAGAUAAUGACCUAGAUUCACUAUAGUUCACUUGCCUGGGUCUUCAUAUCAACCUCUUUUAAGACGUAGCAAGGAAAAGUGUGGUCCAAACGACUUUCUAUAUUGUGCUUAUCUCUUUGCUAAUCAAACUUGCAGGACAUCACCCAUGGUUUCUAGUCUUGUUCUAUAACUUCUUAUCUAUCUAACUUCUCAUUCUCUUAUUUUCUAAUCUGUUGUCUGUUGGUCCUUUCAUUAACCUCAUCCUCCUGGUGCUCCUCAUUCUGCUAAGUGGAACUGGUCUGAAUGAGAUAAUAAAAUGGCAAAUUGCACUACAAAUAAAUAACAGUGAUCUCAUCUUGCCAAGAUGUUUUUACUUCUCCCUAAGGAAUUCUCUUGUUUUACUCUACAGAGGUUACUCUUCGUCUUUCAUAGCUCAUACUUUACUGAGAAAGGAGACGUUGACUAUAAAGUUAAUUUUUCUCCUUCCACUAUUUCCUCCUCUACAUUAGCGCACAACAAGAAUGAAAUUGGUCCUUUUUGGCAAGACAGCCAUCCCAGUUGUUUCCAGUAGACUUCUCCGCUGUCAUUUACCCUUUUCCAUCCUUCAGUGUCUUGUUCUUGAUUGCUGCAGGCUACAAACAUUGUCAAAAUCCUCCCCAUCCAUUUUCUGUGGGGUCCUGUUUUGUUCAUCUCAAAAUCCCAUCACAUCUCCCACCCUUCAUUUCUCUUAGUUCUUGAAGUUUACCCUUUGAUCCCAUCCCCUCAUCCAACAGACUAUCCUCAAUCAUCUCCUUAAUGAAACUUGAAUGAUUCUUAUCAACUAUUUUCCUACCACAAUCUUCAGUGAUUACAUCCCCUCAUCCAGCAGACUAUCCUCAAUCAUCUCCUUAAUGAAACUUGAAUGCUUCCUAUCAACUAUUUUCCUACCACAAUCUUCAAACACACCCAAGUCUCCCUCCCUAACAGCCCUUAAAACUACUAUUCAAUAUUUGUCCUUUAUCAAAAUCCUAAAACAAGCUAUACUUAACAGCUCCCACUUUGCUCCUUUGCUAUUUACUUUCAACCUCAUCAUGUGCUCUCCAAAGUUACCAGUGAUUUUUUUAAUUGCCAAAUCUGAUGUGCUUUCUCACCAACUUCUAAUUAAUCUGAGUUUUCAUGAUUAUCCUAAUUUCCCUGUCCUAGGACUAGUCCCAUUUCUUCCUUGUUAGACUCCCUAAGUGGACAUACCCCAAGAUUUUGCUUUAGGCCCUUUUCCCUAAGCUAUUUCAUUCUUGAUAACCCCAUCAAUUCUCAAAGUUUGUCAUCUUUACAUUUCAUUUGACUUCCCAGAUUUAUGUGUCCAGUCCUAGCCUCCCCCUUGAGUUCUGCUUUGGAAAUAUUUAGCAUUAAAUGUUUCUAGCACAACCAAUCUGAAGUGUCCCAACAAGCAUGCUAAAUAUUUCCAAAACAACUCGGUUUCCUUUUGCCCCUGAAUCCUUCCUUUGAAGACUCCUUUUUGUCAAGGGCACUGCUCUACUUCUGGUCUUUCAGCAUUUCCCUAGAUUCCUCAACCUCAUGUUGUAAUCUUGCUGUUUCUAAUUUAAAAACAUCCUGCGUGCAUCCACAGACUUUCCCUCAUUUGUAAAGCCCUACACAUCCUGAUCCUAAACCUAAUUUUCUAGAUUCAUUAGGCUUGACUUCCCUUGCUCAGUGAACACUUAAUUUGGUCUUCUCCCAGUUCCUCCAUUUCUUUUGUGCGUAAGAUACAACCCUUCCCUAACUCUGAACCCUUGCCUGCCUCUUAGAUGGCCUUAUGUUCUAAAACAAGCAUUGUCGACCAAACGAAUACUGAGUCCCCAGCUGCUAGUGCCUUCUUUCCCAAAUUCUGGUUUGACAAUUUUGUAUCUAUUUGUAUUAACGAGGCUGUAUCUUUUUAUGUAGGUGCCUUUGUCCCCCAUUAGAAUAUGUCUAAUGUGGAGAUCCCUCUACUCUUUGUGCUUGAAUCCUCAGCUUUUGGUACAUUGGUUGGCUUGCUUGAUUUAGACAACACUUAUCACACCCUACUUUUCCUCUGUUGUCCAGUAUUUCUCCUUCCUUUCAGAGGCAGAUGCAGGUUAUCCAUGUUUCUUUCCUCUACUGCAGUCCUGUGUUCUUGCUUCUGGUCCCAUUAGGGUAUUACAACUAUUCCCUAAGAGUUACUAAAGAUCUUUUAUUUAAGACAUCUUUGCACAGCUCUGCUGCAUCCAGACCUAAGUGCUGGAGGCUGACCGCUAUCUCUUAACCUCAGAACAUCAUUCUCCCCGGUUCCCUUCUUGCCUAAUUACUCCUCCCUCUCCUUUCCUAGGUCAUCAGCCGAAUCCCAUGCACUGUACUUCACCAGCUGCAUCCCCAGUUGUGUUUUCCUCUUCAUCUCUGCAUCCUUCCCUUUUCUCAAUCACUACCCUGGUUUUGGCACCUAUUACCUGACCCCUCUGAUCCAUCCUCACAGCCAAUAAAGGUAUUCCUAAAGUCGCCGUGUCUUUUCUUAAACUCCAGUGCCUUUAAAUCAAAUAUAAACUCUUUGUGUGACCACUUUGUAACCUUUUGUUACUCUCCUUGAACUCCCAAGUUAAUCCAGAGGACCAUCUCUUACACUUCUUUGUGCCUUUACACAUUCUACCCCAUACCUAAUAUGCCGUCUCCCUCCCCUUGGUCUCAGAAUAUUGUUUAAAAACUGCUCAAGUACCACCUUCAAUGUGAGGUCUUUCCCACCCUCAAAGACUACCUAGUAUUUAUAUUUUAUGUGUGAUUCAUAUGUACGUGCUGUCUCCCCAGACAGAAAGUAAUCUUGAAGCCCAGGACACUCAUGUCUUUGUAUCUCCGGUGCCUGACACAUAAUAGCCCUUAAUAAAUGCUUGUUGGUUGAUUGAAA